GUGCAGAUUGUAACCAGUUGCCCCUACUGUGUUAUCCAGCCGAUCUGAGAAAACCCGCUCGUAGCUCGAGGGAUGAUGGCGAGGGAGCAGAUGCCAAAGAAGGAUUGGUAUGGCGUCCUGGGGGCGGACCCGUCUGCCGAUGUGUCAGACUUAAAACAGAAGUAUCAGAAACUCCUAUUAAUGUAUCACCCUGACAAGCAGAGCACAGCCACACCGGCAGAGACGCUGGAGGAGCAUCGACAGAAGUUCAUUGAGGUGGGCCAGGCCUGGAAGGUUCUGGGGAAUGAAGAGUUGAGGAAGGAGUACGACCUGCAGCGGCACGAAGAUGAGCUCAGAAGUGUGGGACCAGUACAUGCACACGUGUAUCUGGAAGAAAUGUCUUGGAACGAAGAUGAGCGUUCUUUCUCUCUGAGCUGCCGGUGUGGUGGCACAUACAGCGUUUGUGAGCAGGAGGUGGCAGCCACGGGCCUGGUUCCCUGUGACACGUGCUCGCUGAUGGUGGAGCUCCUUCACAACAGCUGAGCUGGGCCAUGG